GUUGUUCUAAAUGUUUACGCAAUUCAGUGGAUUUAAAAAAAGUUAUAAAUUGAUAAUUUUCAAUAUUGCAUUUAGAUAUAAUAAAACAUUUUGUACAAUGACUGAUAUUCAGAAUAAUUCUACUGGGAUUCCUUUAAAUCAAGUUGUAAAUAUACUUAAAAAUUUUGCAAAUCUAUCACUUGCAGAUUCUUGGGAUAAUGUAGGAUUGCUUAUUGAACCUACAGAAAAAAAAAUAAUUUCACAUAUUCUUUUAACAAAUGAUUUAACUGAAAAUGUAAUGCAAGAAGCUUUAAAUUUAAAAACAGAUAUGAUUAUUACUUAUCAUCCUUUAAUAUUUUCGCCUAUGAAAUCCAUAACAAAUUCUUCAUGGAAGGAAAAAAUCGUUGCAAAAUGUUUAGAACAUAAAAUAGCUGUGUAUUCUCCGCAUACUACAUUUGAUUCGAUUAGAGGUGGUGUAAAUGAUUGGUUAGCUUCCACAUUUGAAAAUGUGCUCAAAAAUAGUAUACCUAUAAAAGCAAAUGUGAAUAAUAGUGAUUAUGGUUUCGGACGACUAUGUACUUUAAAGAAUAAAAUUUCUAUCGAUGAAGCUGUCCAACGAGUGAAAGAAUAUACUAAUUUGAAACAUAUUAGAUUAGCUCGUGCAUUCCAAACAGAUGGUCUAAUUAAAACUGUUGCUGUUUGUGCUGGAUCAGGAGCAUCUGUUUUAAAAAAUAUAUCCGCCGAUUUGUAUCUUACAGGAGAAAUGUUGCACCAUGAUGUUCUUGAUGCAAUACAUAAAGGAACUAGUGUAAUUCUAACAAAUCAUUCUGAUUCUGAACGUGGUUUUCUGAAAACAUUUGCAUUUACCUUAAGUAAUAUGUUGAACAAAUCUGUAUUGGUACAAGUAUCUGAAAAUGAUACUGAUCCUCUGAAAAUCGUGUAAAAUAUUAAAAAAAAAAAAAUUGAGCUGAAAAAAACUGAUGUAAACAUUAAGAUGGAUAUAUAUAUAUUACAUAUGAUAAAAUUUUAUUAUUAAUAUUAUAAAUUAUCAGCUCUAUUUAGAGAUUGACAAUCUUUUAUUUUAAUCUGAUGAAGUUAGAGAGAUAUCAGGAAGGAUAAGUACAUAAACAAAUCAUAUAUUGCAAUUCAACAAAAGUUAUUUACAGCAA